GUUUGAUGGAGUGACAAAAAAUUAUAAAUUGUACUAUGACGAAAAGUCGCAUUUGCAUUAUGUUGGAGAGAAAAAGUUUGAUUCAGUUGACCUUCUUGUCGCCGACGGACUUAUUUACUUCUAUAUUGAGACCAGAGGGGCGGACGUUUUACAAAAACUUUCUGAGGCUAGCAAUUACGAGUACUCUCCAUACUAUCAGACAAGGUACCACACAAUUAACAGUCAAUCACACGUACCGAAACCCUCCACAAAAGCCCCCGUAGGUGCGAUCACCGAAAUCUAUCCAGAUGCAGCGCCUUUGGCAGCUCUCUCUUGUCUGGGCAUUUCCAAACAUUCCCGCCUUGGUGCUUCCAGGAGCCAAACUGUAGUUACCAAUCGUCGGCAGUCGGUCGACGUAGAUCUCUACCGUUCGCAGUCCGAGUCAAACCACAGUCACAAUCAGCCCUUUCUGUCGCCUGUCCGUCACCCCUUGCAACAUUCGGCGGAUGAUGCAGGCAAGCAGAUACUCCUGACACGAGACUCUGCUCUUCCUCCCUCUACCUAUACUGACACAGAUGAGGUCUCCCAAAAAUCCUUUAUAUCUGACUCCUUCUCCAACACCGAUCUCUCGAUUCGAGCGCUGACGCCUACAGCCACUUCUGAACGUUGCCUCACUGACGCGUGCACCGGCUUAAGCAACUCUUCGUCCGCAAUCCCCGCUCACAGUACAGGCUCUCCAAGCAAGGUGGCUGAACCGGCUUCUGUGAACAAGAAGGCUAGCAAACCAUUGAUUCCAUGGCAGGGUCAGAGUGACAAGAUGGAGGAAGCUGUUAUCUCUAAAGCAGACAACGAGGCCAGUGAGUACGCCGACGUCUCUGCGGACAGGCAGUCCGACGAGAGUCCCAUGCAUUCUUCCAGAAGCUGCGUCAACACCUCGAACGCAGAGUCGUCUCAUCGUGCCUUAGCAGCCACCCUACCAGCGGGGACGUUUGCUGGCAGUGGCCUCCAGCUCAACGGAACCUCUAGUAGCAGUCCCUCUACGGGCAGACGGACUCCCCUGACCACUGCGGCCGCAUCCGAGGCCCUGAACCCUCGAAGUGUAGCACUCAGGUCUGCCACAUCCAACACAUUCCAGCGUUCCAGACGGUUUCAGCGCCAGCAGCUUGAA